AUGAGUGAGUCGAGGCAGCAUAAUCUGGCCAUUCAAACUAAUACUCUUAAUGUCAAUAAAUACUCAGAACCAGGUCAAGAUGAAUACUCUACAAAUAGCACGAACGAUUAAUAGACAUCAACUCCAACCAAACUAAUAAAAGACAAAGAACUUAAAAAGAAUAAGAUAACAGUAUCUCGAAACUAUCUUUUAAUGGAUAAAGUAGAACUAGAGAAAAAUGGUAUUAUAGGAUGGAAAUUGAACCUAGCCAUGUUGUUGCGUUCUAAGGCAUACGAUCUUUUAAUGAUCAUACUAAUUGUUCUCUAUACGAUUCUAAUUUUCAUCUACUUCGCAUUUGCUGAUACAUACUUUUCAGAUGAAAGCAAUUAAGUCGUAUUUUAUAUUAUAGAGCUAUCAAUUUUGGGUAUAUUCUGUGUGGAGAUAGGAUUACAUCUUAUAGCUUUUAAGUCACUUUAUUUGAAGGAUUUUUGGAACAUCUUCGAUCUUUUCAUAAUUAUUCUGAGUUUGACUUUUGUACUUCUAGAUAUUUUUGUAGAAAAUUCAGUUUUAGAUGGAAUUUUAAAAAUAAGAGGAAUUUUUAGAUUGCUGAGAGUCUUCUUGCUAGUAAGAAAGUUAAAUACUCUUAGAGUAAAAAGACAAAUACAGCUACGCUAACUUACAGCAAAUGGAUACGAUCUUAGAUCUCCAUUGGAAAGAGUAUUAGAGAUUCUUAAUGGGCUUAGGGAUUAAUUAGACAUUGAAGAGACAAAAAUCAUACAAGAUCUUAACUACUGUAUAAAGGUUAUUUCUUCAAAUUAGCUGUAUGAGGCGAAUUUAGACUUUGAUGGCUAGUUAGAAAAUACUAAGGACAGAAAUGAGGUACAGAUGCUGCUGCAAAAUUAUUCUAAAGUUGCCAACGAAAAUUAAGAGUAAAAAAAAUAAAGAAGGAUGUCAAAAUCACCGACCAUUGGAGGAUUAAACCACUGGGAUGAUUCAAAGUUCUAAAUAACAAACGAUAAGAUUGACGAAAUGCUAGUAUUGAACGAAUAAGCCAAAGCAGAAUUAGAAAAUUUAUAAAAACUAGAGUUUAACAUCUUCAAAAUACAAGACUACACCUAAUAAAAUGAAUUAAUCACAGUUACCAGCUAUAUUUUAGCUUAGCAAAAUAUAUUCUAAACGAUUCAGCUUCAGUACAAGACCUUUAGAAAUUUCAUAAGUAAAGUAUAAAGUGGGUACAAGGAUGUAACAUAUCAUAACAAGACUCAUGCAGCUGAUCUUAGCUAGACAUUCUACUACUUCUCUCACACUUAAGGUUUAAAAGAGAAAUGCAACAUUGAUGAUGUAGAAUUCUUCAGCUUGAUAGUAGCUGGUGCUUGUCAUGAUCAUGAACAUGCUGGAUAUAAUAAUGUUUAUCUUGUCGAAACAUAAGAUACUUUGGCCUUAAGAUAUAAUGAUGUUUCAGUGCUUGAAAACCAUCACGUUGCGUCAUCGUUCGCAAUAAUGCAGGAACCUGGCAUGAAUAUCUUAGCUCACCUUUCCAAGGAGUAAUAUAAAAGAUCAAGGGCUGUAAUGAUAGGCAGUAUCCUGGGAACUGACAUGUCCAAACACUUUAGUGAGCUAGGUAAGUUCAAGACUAGAGUAGGAUCUCAAGAGUUUGAUCCAUCUGGAACCGACAAAGAUCUCACAUUAACCAUGCUUUUCCAUUUAGCUGAUAUUUCUAACUCAACAAAACCUUGGGACAUAUGCUAAAAGUGGAUAGAUUUGCUAUUCAUUGAAUUCUUCCAUUAGGGUGAUCUCGAAAGAAAUCGAGGAUCGCCUAUUAGCUACUUAAUGGACCGCCUUACUGUUAAUAUAGCUAAAGCAUAAAUCGGUUUCUUAGAUGUUAUUAUUGCUCCCUCUUAUCAAGCUGCCAAUCUAGUAAUUCCAAUUCCUUCUAAUCUUUCCAAUAUUGAAAAUAACAAGGCAACUUGGUAGACUAAAUUCGAUGAGUAUGAAGAUUAAAUGAAUAGAGAUAAGGAAAGGUUUAAACUGACAGCUCUCAAACUUUGA